AUGGCCGUCAAAGUUUUCUUGACCGGUGCCACAGGGUACAUUGGAGGCACGGCUCUCGACCACUUGAUCCAAGCGCACCCAGAGUAUGAGUAUACGGUUCUCGUCCGCGAUAAGCACCGUGCCGAGGCCAUCGGUGCCAAGUACCCCGCUGUCAAGUAUGUAUUUGGCACUCUUGACGAUCAUGUGAACCUGGAGGAGGCAGCUGCGAAGGCUGAUGUCGUCGUUCACACGGCCGAGUCGUCGGAUCAUUAUGCGGGAGCACUCGCCAUAGCCAAGGGAUUGAAGGACGGUCAUUCGCCUGAGCAUCCAGGCUACUGGAUCCAUACAUCCGGCACCUCCAUCUUGACGUGGUAUGAUGCCGAACACAAGCGUGAGGGCGCCGCUCCGCUCCCCAAGGAAAAGUAUCACGACAUCGACGACAUCGAGCGCCUCGUCACGCUCCCCGACGCCGCCCACCACCGCGACGUUGACAAGAUCGCCAUCGCCGCCAAUUCGGAUCUCGUCAAGGUCGCCAUCCUCUGCCCGCCAACCAUUUACGGAGCCGGGACAGGGCCGGUCAACCGGCGUAGCAGGCAGGUGCCCAGCCUGCUCGUAGAGGCCACGCAGGAUCCAUCCAAGAAGAAUGACGCGGACGUGUUUGGCCCUCAUGCCUACUUCUUCGUGGAGAACGGAUCACAUGCGUGGGCCGAUGUUGCGCAGUGGAUCGCCGACGAGGCGACCAGGCAGGGCUAUCUGCCUGUGUCGCAGGCGAAACGUGUUUCCGAGAAGGAGGUUACCUUGAUGGAUGAAGGCUCAGUGUCGUGGGGAAGAAACUCCAAGGGCAUAGCCAUGAGGGCCAGGCGGCAUCUUGAUUGGGAGCCACGGGGCGUUUCGUUGAAGGACACCAUUGCCGAGGUCGUGGCGAUGGAGGCACAUGAUCUCGGGUUGUCUCCCAAAGGAAAGAAGAAUUAA